GUCUUUUGGCUGUCUACCCAUUGGUUGCUUUCCUUCCCGCUUUCCUCAUCAAUCCAAUCCAAUCCAAUCCAUGGAGCCUCUGUUCAUCCUAUUCACUGCUGCACUCUUGCUGAUUAUUCUUCCCUUCUUCCCCAUUUCUUGUGUUUCCGCCGCCGCCGCCGUUGAUCUCAACAUCCGCCGUGACCCUCCGACCGAGACUUUCUGUUCUGCAGUUAUCGAACCCAACAAUUAUCCCUGCUCCGAACACACCGUCAAAACUGAGGACGGUUUUGUGCUGGGGUUGCAGCGUGUAUCAUCUCCAAACAUAAUUGAACAAAGGGCUCCUCCAGUUCUGCUUUUACAUGGGCUGUUAAUGGGUGGUGAUGCAUGGUUUCUUAAUUCUGUGAAUCAAUCGUUGGGAUAUAUCCUUGCUGAUCAUGGAUUUGAUGUUUGGGUUGGAAAUGUAAGGGGUACGCGUUGGAGUCAUGGGCAUGUAUCUUUAUCAGUUAGAAGAAAGAAAUUUUGGGAUUGGAGUUGGGAGCAAUUGGCAGAGUAUGACCUUACAGCAAUGCUUAACUAUGUACAAUCAGUUGCCAGGUCCAAAGUUUUUGUAGUUGGACAUUCACAGGGAACAAUCAUGUCUCUGGCUGCUUUUACCAAUCCAGAUGUUGUAAAUAUGGUAGAGGGUGCUGCUCUUCUUUGUCCCAUAUCAUAUCUUGGACAUGUCUUUUCUCCAUUUGUUCUUAGACUUGUCAGCAUACAUCUUGACCAGGUCAUUCUUGACAUGGGCAUCCAUGAAUUGAACUUCAAAAGUAACAUUGGCGCUCAAAUCUUGGAUUACAUUUGUGAUGGGCAUACAGACUGUAAUGAUCUUCUGAGCGCCAUUACAGGGGCUAAUUGUUGCCUUAACAUCUCUCGCAUUGAUUCCUAUCUUCAAUUUGAGCCUCACCCAUCUUCAACCAAGAACUUGAAACAUCUUUUCCAGAUGAUUCGGAAGGGAACAUUCUCAAAAUUUGACUAUGGAAGGUUGAAGAACAUGAUAUUAUAUGGGAGUUCAGAACCUCCAGCAUUUGAUGUCAGCUUAAUACCAUCUUCUUUGCCACUGUGGAUGGCUUAUGGAGCAGAAGACGCGUUAGCAGAUAUCACAGACUUUCAGCACACUCUUAGGGACUUGAGAAGCAAACCCGAGCUACUAUACAUAGAAAAGUAUGGCCAUGUUGAUUUCCUUCUCAGUAAAACUGCAUACAAAGAUGUUUACCCUCAUCUUAUCAGGUUCUUGUUUUCAACAUGGGGUAAUAAGGUUAGUUCUAUGUAAAUGAAUUCAAUAUUACCCUUUUUAUUGUGAUUAUGUAAUGCUCAAUUCUUUGUAUAUAUAAGGUCACUAUGUUUUUAAAGACGACGUUGUAAUUCGAUGUCCUGAUGAAGGAAAUGAAAGGUGUGAGACCAAGUGUUAUUGAA